AUAAAAGAAUAUGGUCCAUAUAAGGGAGUGAAACACUGCAGAGUCCCAGUUCAGCUGUUGACUCUGCCCUUUAAACAUGGCCAGCACAUUCUUCCACACCAGCGAUCCGACCCGUGAGGAGCUGAGGAUUGUGAUGGUCGGGAAGACCGGAGUCGGGAAGAGCGAGACUGGAAACACCAUCCUCGGGCGUCAGUGCUUUGAGUCAAAGUUCAGCGCAGUAUCUUUAACCGCCGAGUGCUCUAAAGGCGUCUCCAGCAGGGACAGACAGAAGGUGGCCGUCAUCGACACCCCGGGCCUGUUCGACACCAAAGUCAACCAGGAAAAAACGAAAAAAGACAUAGCCCAGUGCAUCUCCUUCUCCUCUCCGGGGCCUCAUGUCUUCCUGGUGGUCAUCAGACUGGGAAGGUUCACACAAGAAGAACACAGCACGGUGCAGAUGAUCCAGGAGAUGUUUGGUUCGGCCGCAGACAAAUACAGCAUGGUGCUCUUUACCCACGGCGACCUCCUCCAUAACACCACCGUCGAGGAGUUCAUGAAGGACUGUCCGGAGCUACAGGAAGUUGUGAGAAGGUGUAACGGACAGUACCACGUCUUCAAUAACAUGUUGACGGAUCGCUCUCAGGUCACAGAGCUGCUUAUGAAGAUCAGAAAUAUAGUCCAGAAGAACGGAGGAAGCCACUACACCACUGAGAUGUUCCAGGAGGUAGAGAGGACUAUUGAAGAGGAAAAACUACGCAUCCUGAGGGAAAAAGAACAGGAGAAACAAAAAGAGAAAGAAGAGCUGGAAAAGAGACUACGAGCGGAAUUUAAUGAAAAUAUGAUGAAAUUAAUUCAGCAACACAAGCUUGAAAUGGAGAAGGAGAGGAGGCAGAGAGAACGGGAAAGACAAGAGAUGAAUGUUCAGAUCAGUGACUUAAGACGGGAUGGGGAGAGGUUAGUUUAUGACCUGAAGGAGAUGGAGAUGGCCAAGAAUCGGGCGUCGCUUAAGAUGGACGACGUGCGCAACAGGGACCAUAAAGAAAAGGAGAGGCUGCGGUCGGCACUUGAAGAUUUAAAACUGGAAGUCGCUCAAGAAAAAGAGAGGAGCAACAAACAGAGAUAUGAGAUGGAUGAUAAAAUCCAGAAGCUGAAGAUGGAGAGCAAGGAGAUGCAGAUGAGGUGGGAGAGCGAGAAGCAGGCUGAGGCCGACCGAAAACGAAGGGAAAGGGAGAUUCAAGAAUUAGAGACGGACUUCGUGAGAAACCUGAAAGCCAAAAAAGACGACCUGGAAGAUCGGUAUAAGCGCGACGCUAGAAUGAAAGCAGAGAAAAAGGGUUCGGUACUCGAAGAUCCGACUUGUGAGGAGCUGAGGAUCGUGAUGGUCGGCAAGACCGGGGUCGGGAAGAGCAAGACCGGAAACACCAUUCUGGGACAUCAGUGUUUUGAGUCCAAGUUCAGCGCUACGUCGAUAACUGCCGAGUGCUGUAAAGGCGUCGCCAACGUGGACGGACAAAAGGUCACGGUUAUCGACACCCCGGGCCUGUUUGACACCAAAGCUGACCACGAAACAACCAGUCGGGACAUAGCCCAGUGCAUCACCUUCUCUUCUCCAGGACCUCACAUCUUCCUGGUGGUCAUCAUGCUGGGAAGAUUCACACAAGAAGAAACUCAGACCGUUCAGAUGAUCCAAGAGAUGUUUGGCUCGGCUGCAGACAAAUACAGCAUGGUGCUCUUCAGCCACGGUGACCUCCUUCAGAAAACCACCAUCGAGGAGUUCUUGAACGACAGCCCAGACCUGCACGAACUUGUGGAAAGGUGUAACGGACAGUACCAUGUCUUCAACAACGAGGUGGAGGAUCGUUCACAGGUCACCGAGCUGUUCCAGAAGAUCAGAAAUAUCGUCCAGAAGAACGGAGGAAGCCACUACACCAAUGAGAUGUUCAAGGAGGCAGAGAGGCUGAUCGAAGAGGAAAAACAACGCAUCCUGAUGGAAAAAGAGGAGGAAAUACGCAAAGACGAAGAAGAGCUGAAGCAGAGACUACGAGCGGAAUACCGCGAGAAGCUGAGGAGAUUAAUCCAACAGCACCAACUUCAGUUUGUGGGAGAAGAUCAGCAGAUGAGUACGGACAGGGAAAAGUUACAGGAAGAGUAUUCAAGGAUGCUGCAAGUAGAGAAAGCAAACCUGAUCAAAGGGCAUGAGCUAGAGGCCAGACAGGACGCCGAGAAGAGAAACCCAGCUAUGGCUGUUAUUCACCUGGUCCGCGAAAAACUAAAAUCACUGUUGAAUUUUGGAAAAUAG